AUGGCCAUGUACCUGGAAGUUGUCGCAUUGCUUUACCCUUUACGGCUAACAGUGGAAUAUCUUGUGAGAGUUUGUAAAGACCUUCAACUUCAUCGCAAACCAGCAUACGAGAAGUUUAACCUGAGGCCUAUGGAAUCGGAGCAUCGAUCACGAAUGUUCUGGUGUACGUUUCUUUUGGACCGAAAACUAGCCUUGCAAUUAGGAACAACGCCAAUGUUCGACGAAAAAGAAAUUGAAAUCAACGAACCUGGCAGUUAUGAGACGAGCGAUUUAGUUAAAAGGGAAUCCAACAUAGCAGACCCAGAAGGCCCAGAAAGUAUAAUGUUGAUGAAAAGUCUCAUCGGGGUUUCACGACUUAUUGGGCAAAUCUUUCGCCUAAACCCUCAAGAAGGCAGUAUUGAACAUCAAGUGGUCGUUAUUGAACAACAAUUAGGCGAUAUUGAAAACAGCUUCCCACAACAUAUAUUGGAUUGGGAAAGUUCUUCUCCAUUAGAUCCUAUGUUUUUAGAUGCCGCGAUGUUUGCUAUGGCCACAAGGCUCUCACUCUACCGAUACUUCACGGAUGCAACCCUUACUCCUGACUUUAGAGCUCGCUGCUUUUUACAAUGCCUCGAAGUGGCGAAGGCUACCGUGCAGUUACUUCGACGGACAAUGAAAUUUCCGGAUUCGGAGAAAGCUUUCCGCUUACGCCAGAGUGGAUUAACUUACCAGCAUAUCUUUAAAGCAUCGACUAUUCUGUUACUAGCCGCUUCGAUCCUCCCUAAUCCAGAAAACAUCAGCUCUGAACUGCGUACUUGCAUCGGAGUACUGCAGGUAGCAGCUCCAGUACGGCCUUCUGUUCUCCAGAACCUCCGUAUUCUUGACAAACUUAGUGAAAUCUUAAAGCAAGAGCCAAUCCUUGAAUGGAAUGAAGGUCCCAAAACUAGCGAUUCUGCCACGUUCCCGCCCCCUGACAACAUGAGAGAUCAAGAUCAUCCCUCAGAUAUGAUUAUUUAG